AUGAAAUCAUUUGUUCACAGGAGUAAAGUUGCGGCUCUAUUGCUGGAUAAACAUCUACAAAUCAACGGUAUUUCAAUGGGAGAGGUGAUGAGAGAGCGGCAAAGUAUACAGAUGCAGCCGAUGGCCAGCAACAAGAUGAAGAGGGAGAGGAAAGCGGCAAGGACUCUUGGGAUUAUCAUGUCAGCAUUUCUUGCAUGCUGGCUGCCGUUUUUCCUGUGGUACAUCAUUACAGCACUCUGCGGUGACGCAUGUCCAUCACCUCCACCGGUUGUGGCAGCCGUCUUCUGGGUCGGUUACUUCAACUCUGCGCUCAACCCGCUUAUUUACGCUUACUUUAACAGAGACUUCAGGGCAGCCUUCAGAAAAACUUUGGGCUCAUGUUGCAGAACCCUGUGUGGAGAUAUCGGCCGUCGCUACUGCUGCCAAAGACCACGUCGAGAGCAUCACCACUCCAAUGCAUCGUCAGAUAUUCAUAUGAAUAACUGUGUCCGAUCCACGUCAGCAGAUGUGCUGAGGGCCCACCAAGCAUCCUGUUCCAGGCCUGAGGAUAUUGUGUUUGGUACAUAG